AUUUCACCUCAUGUUUUAAAGAUUUCACCAUGUCGGACUCAUCUCUCCUUGAGAUUGAUCGCAAUAUGAGCGAAGAAAAUAGCGACCUUUAUGAAUCCAUUUUACAAAAUUUUCAAAGUAAUACUACUAAUGGCACUCAAGCUCAACCCGAUAUGUAUUCCAAAAAAGUGUUGCCAAAAGCAGGCUGCUGUAUGAAAUGUAAAACAAAGAAGAACGAAAAAGUCUUUGUCAAUUUAUGCAUUUCGGAGUUGCUGCCUGAUCCGCCAAAUGUUGAAGAGGACGAGUUGGUGCAAAUUCUUUCAAAUGAAGAUGCCCCUGACUUUCGAAUGCCAAUGAGUAUAGGGGAACCACACACGGAGUUAGAUAAUGCAGGUAAAGGUUGCACAGUUAUUGACGUCGUUGUAUCAGAAGACUUUUUCAAUAGACUUCAAGAUUCAAGCAAACCGGUCCUCAAUUCAUUUUUCUGCACGGCGAUGCUUGAAGGCAUCCAAGAAAAAUACAAAUUUGAACUUGAAAAUGAAGUCAAAAUUUUGAAGCACAAGAAAGCAAUGGGGACUAUUCAGGAGCAGAUGAUUCGAACUCGGAGGUUAAUCCGAGAAAUGGGGGACUCAAUCAUGAAAAAUAUUCCAGACAUCCAGAACCUGGUUAGCUCGCCUGAAGUACCAAAAUAUACCUUCGUCAAAGAGCCACCAGUUGGACCUGUAGAAUUUUUAGUUGGAGAGAUAGUGCUACCGAAAUGUGCCGGUGUUAAGCAAAUUUUACUGGAUGUAGGUGGAGAUAGGGUGGUGCUUGAUUGCCGGCCUUUUUAUUUUAUGGACGUUUUCUUCCCAUACGAGUUUGAAGUGAAUGAUGUUGGGGCUCAAUUUAAUGCCGAUAAAAAAAUUCUAUCAAUAACAAUUCCUGUAAAAAUUGAAUAAAUUCGUUUGUAAUUGU